AUGCACUCAUGGUCUCUGCUCUGGCUCUUGCCUCUGGUCCUCUUCCUUCCACCCUUGGGGUCAACUUGCCCCGAAGGCUGCAUCUGUAAGGACACACAUACCAUCGACUGUAGGGACUUAGGACUCUCUGAUCUGCCCACUGGCAUCUUUCCUCUGGUCAUCAGGAAGAUCCUGAUGAGCAACAACCAAAUCCAGGAGAUACCAGCUGACUUCUUCAUGUACUACGGAGACUUGGUCUAUCUAGACCUCAGCUAUAACUCUCUAUCCACUAUCAGUAAAGGAACCUUCAGUACCACAAAACUGAUCUACUUGGACUUGAGAUACAACAAUUUCUCCCAGCUGAGUUCUGGUGCCUUUAGCUCGGCACACAGGCUGAUUAUGCUACGACUGGGAAACAAUCCAAACCUGGAGAAGGUGGACAAGGAAGCUUUCCAGAGUUUAAGCGUCCUCCAAGUGCUGGAGCUGAAUGACAACGCACUAGAGAUUCUGAGCGUCACUGCCCUUAGCUCCUUACCAUCCCUUCGGACGCUGCGGCUAGAGGGGAACCCAUGGCUCUGUAAUUGUGCCUUUGCUAAUCUUUUCGUCUGGUUGAAAGACAAUGCUGAAGUCCUCCCCACAGGCUUCGAUGCAAUCCAGUGCUCCUUGCCCAGGGAUAUGAGGAAGAUCACCCUCAGUGAGUUAUCAGACAACAGCUUCAAUGAGUGCGAGUAUUCCCUGACUCUGACCGACUACCUGAUCAUCUUUUUCUCUGGAGUUUGCGUCUCCAUCACUGCCAUUACCACAAGCUUCUUCUUGGCCAACAUAGCCCAAUGUUUCCAGCGACUGGGAUUAUUCAAGGGUGAUGAAGAAGAGGAUAAUUAACCGCAAGCAGCAGACACCAAAAGAACACUGAUCUUCAUGAUUUUUCUUACACAUUUCAUUUCCAAAGAAAUGUUUUUACUUAAAUAUGAAGUUGCACAUUAAAAUGUAAUGUAUUUGCC